UGGAAGCUGAAGUACGACAGACACGAACAACAGACAACAAGAGGGUUCUUUUCGCCUGUUGCAAGGCCUUAUGAAACCUUUGGAGAGCUAGAACUAGAUCUUCGGGAACUGGUACUGAAAACGCUAGGAGCAACGACUCCGAAAGAACCAGAAGCUUCGAAGAAUCUAUGGGAGAAGCUCCGUAAUAAGGUGACAGAUCCUCAUUACCUCAAGUUUGACGACGAAAGCAGUAAAUCUUUCAAAAGCAAGGAGCAUUGCCACACGAGCAAAGGCAUGACGUCAGCGAUAGGCGGACGACUGGCACUAAUGAAGAAUCGGCUAGCCGCUGUACGGGCAGGACAGAGUUACGAAGGCUGCUUACGUGAUGAGAGGCAGAAAAAGAUGCUUGAAAUUCUGGAAGAACAGAAACUUGAGACGAUGUUAACUCUGAACACGCCACUCGGAACGCCAUACGCAAGAAAGAAAUCGGUGUCUUCUAGGAAGUCAGCUGGAAAUAUUGAAGACACGGCGCUUGAGGAGACGAGAAAAUUGGAUGCGAACGAAUUACAAGAGUAUCACAAAAGAAAAUGCAAGAAUUUUGUGGCGACCCUCAAAGCUCUUCAUUCUUUGAUAUGCUGCGUGUACCAUUUGAAAACACGAGACUUACGAACCAAGGUGCCACUCAGUCGUGACCACCUGAAGGUGAUCAACACAGACGUGCCUUUAGAUUCAAAAGGCAAACCAAUCAGACACAAUCAGCGAAUGACAACCGCAGCGCAAAAUAACGAAGGCUCGACGGACUCGUUUCACGUCCGUGGCAGUGAUACGGAUCGCGUAACGAGUACGAUCCCCAACGAAUCCUUUCCGAACGUUUCACGAUUGUCGGCGAUAGAAUGCGGCUCUAACUUUGAGAAGCAAAGCACUGCUUUUGCAACUAAACGAACAUCGGAAAAAUCAAGAGGUUUGAAUCUUGAUCAACUGAAAGAAGAAUACCUGGAAGUUCAAAAGAGAUGCUCAAAACGACUUCAUGAAGACAUGAAAAGAAUUGAAAAACUGGAGAAACCGGUGUUUCGCAUCAAGUUGGGAGCGUUAAAACUGUCUCACCUCAUAGAAAACGACGUCCCAACCAUGAGAAGGGCGACGAAUAAACUCCAACAGGAUUACCACGAUCAAAAUGUCCGGCCCUCUGGAUGGUAUGAUAAUUUAUGUGGAAAAGCUCAAGAGCUCGACGUGGACGACGAUGACGAAGUCGAUGCUCUGCUAGAAAAAUUUGUGCCAUUUUCAAAAGACGACGUGGAAACACUAUCACAUAUCAAGUCCAAACUGUGUUUGAUUAUUCAAAGUCUUCCACUGUACGAGCUGUGUAAAACUAGCAUGCAAGAGGCGUUACAAUUUUUCUUAGAGAAGAUUGUACACAGCCCCAGCAACACACUGUCUGACUGGAUGGCUUACAGAAAAAUCAAACCUGCCCUGGAAAAGGAUGAACAGUUGGAAUGA